UGUUUACAUUGAUAUGCUUGCUUGUGUUUAUCCCUGAUAAGAAUUUAAGACAGAUUUUUAAUAAGCUGUCAUCUUUGAGUGUGUUCAAUAUUUGGAUAAAUGUGUUUUAAAUGAUGACAAAUAAAUGUUUUAGCGGUACAGAAGAAGAAAAGGAGAUUAAACUUAAACAAGGAAGUAAUUUGCUUCUGAAUACAAUGGAGGUUGGUUGACCUCAGUUUUCAAUACUCAUGUUUACGAUUUUGAAAGUCACACCAUUCCUUUAAUGAACACAAUAUCUGAAAGUAUCAGAUGCAUACUUUAAAAUAUAUUUACAAACAAUUGCUGGCUAAAGUUAAUUGUGUUAACGUUGGUAUUUUUGUAAAAGAGAUGUUACUUUAAAUAAGAUCGACAGUGAUACAUGUACUUAAAUGAAGAUGUAGUGAUGACUAUGAAACAACAGAUCGACCAAUAACCAUAACUCAAAUUAAACUUUCGCAUUAAAGAAAGGUUUGGUUUAACUCAUUAUAUAUUGAAUCUGCAUGAUCACAUAACAUGGCAUCCAAGCAGAUUCAGUGUGAAAUGUGCGGUAAUGAAAAUGCAAUUGGAUAUUGCAAAAGCUGCGGAUACCUUGGUGAAACUUGUGUAGAUAUUCACAAGACAGUAAAUGUUUUUCAAACACAUAAUGUCAGUAUGCAUGAGGCUGUUAAAAUGCAUGAGGAUGGUACAGAAAAUCCAAAUGUCAUAUUGCGGGACAUCACAGAAGAAAGAUGUAAGCAACAUCCGACUGAAAAGGCGAUAUUUCUUUGUAAAAUUCAUGAUUCCACGAUUUGUGGCCGAUGUCUUCAUUCGGGACAUCGUCCUUGCGGAGAAGAAGUCGUUGACUUGUUGCAAGAAGUAGUUAACAUUGACUGCGAGAAAGUCAACACAAUGAAGUCAUUAUUGUUGGAAAUAAAAGAUGAGAUUCUGCUUUUGAAAAAUGAAACAGAACACAGUAAGAUGAAUUACAAGAAAAACGCUGAUAAAUGUGUGCAAGAAUGUAUGGGAUUAGGAAAUAAAAUUAAACAACGUGUAGAUAAAUUGACAAGUGACAUAAGAAACGGAAUAUCGAAGAAACAUAACGAAAACUUGACCACUCAUUCCCAUAUUACUAAAAUGUGUGAUGAGAAAACCAAGUGGUGUCACGAUGUAGAUAGUAAAAUUGAUAGUUUUGUUGACAAUAAUAUGGCUGGACACUUGUACCUAAUGAGCAGAUAUAUUGAAAAAAAAGUUUCGGACGCCAGAUCCCACCUUAAAGAAAUCAAACACAAACAUACUUUUAAAAGGUUUGGCUUCAAAGAAAACAAUGUUAUACUACAAUGCCUGUUUGAGGAUUUGGAGGAUGUUUGUGAACAACAAGAAGAAGUGACCGGGAGCGACGAUGGAAAUGCCAAAGAUGUUGUCGCAUCCGCCACAAAAAUAAACAAGACUCGGCGAGAGCUCACUGCACUCUUAAGUCAAGUCAAGCAAGAAUUAUAUCAAUCAGAAAAGAAAAAAAAGAUACUCGAACAAGAAUUACUGAAAGCGAAACAGGACAUAAAGAAAUCUGAAAAGACAAGGAAGUGGUUUAAACAAGAGUUACUGAAGGCGAAACAGUGCCUAGAGAAAUAUGAAAAGGAGGGAGCAGUAGUCAAGGCACAGUUUUCACAGGUUAAAGACAACAUUAAAUGGACUCAACCAGCUGGAACUGUUGAAAUCAAUACCGGCAUUGAAAGAGGUUGGGGUAACAUCAACUUGGUUUUUACAUUCCCAGAUAGCAUCCAGACGACGCACAGUCCGUUCCCGGGAAAACAGAUUAAAGGGGACAGGUUUAUAGGAAGUUUGCUUCGCGACGAUCAAGGCGAGUUGCUGUGUAGGAUGUUAAAGGCGGCGUUCAGGAGAGGGGUGAUGUUUAUCUUGGGAAAGGAUGGAAAAGUUGUCCUGGAUGGCGUCUCAUUGUAUAUUGAUUCAGUGCUUGCUUUCGGAUGGACUUUCAAUUCGGGUUACGAUAAAUACGUACAGACCUUGAAAGAGGAACUGGCUGCCAAAGGAAUCACAGAGGGGGACAUAGAUCAGGAAGAGAAGCUGGAAGAGACUUUCACUGUCGAUGGUCGGUAACGUUCAUCAGUCGUAUGAUACCGAUGGUCUUACUCCGAAUGAUAAUGUCCUUUUCAUAUGUAUUUUUGUGUUGUAUAUAGCAUGGUUUGCCAGUCUGAAGUCUUUCACUCUACCAUCUAUUUCACCAUUAUCGCGUUUAGUUUUGACCUGCUUUUCUACUAUGGAAUAGGAAUGGUUACUUAAACUUCACAUGGCGGCAUGAAUUUGUUUCAAUACAAACAAUUACUUUUUUUACCGAUUACAUGGGAUAAUUUCAACAUCGUGAAAUAUAUAUGUUGUAUGGAUAUAUAUCGUCCACAAAGUGUUAAACACGAAACAGUAUUUUAUAAUUAAUGUAGUACCUGUGAUUUUUUGACGGUCAAUAAUGACAUGAUAGCGAGUUGACAGACAAGGACAUAACAGAGGCGCAUGUGGAACCUGAUGGAAACUUGGAAACAGACGUUCACGGUCGAUUGUCCGUAUUCUAUCCUAAAUCUACAGACGUUCACGGUCGAGUGUCCGUGUUCUUUUCUAGAUCUACAGAAGUUCACGGUCGAUUGUCCGUAUACUGUCCUAGGUGUACAGUCGUUCACGGUCGAUUGUCCGUAUACUGUCCUAGGUCAACUGUUGUGAAUAUUAUUCCUUAAAAGAAAUGUGCGUGUUGUAUACGAUGUUUUACAUGGUUGUUUCUAUAAAUAUAAGGACAUUAUUUGAAAUGUUAUUUACCUUUGUAAGAAUGUCUACAUUUCAUUAUUAUUUUAUUUGUUAGUAAAUAAACGUUCAGACGAGUACUAUUCCAUUGGACGAAUAAUUGGAAGCCAUAUGUCGGAGUAGUUUGCUGCAGAAAACAUAACACGCAUGAACAAUGCAUAUAAUGUUAAUUAUAUCAGCAAAUUUGAUUACAGCUAUUUGUUAAUUGUCAAAUUAGCACGUACUAUAAAUAAUUUUUAACCAAUGUGUGUAUUUUUUUAAGUUAGGCUUUAUCCUUGUGCCUCUUAAAGCAUAAUUCAUUAUUUUGAUGUCAGCUCGUAUAACCCUGUCGUUUCCAUUGUAUGUUUGUAUGUUUUGGAUGAAUAUGUACUACGUUAUGCUAUUGUGUAAUCUUCUUCAUAAUUAAUUAUAAUUGGCUUUAAAUGUGUUUCCUUAAAUGUCAAGUUAAAUGUCUUUUAUGCGGUAUGUGUGCGUGUACAUUUUUUUUUUAACAAUUAAGAUUAAAUAUUACAGAGUUUUUAUAUUUACUUAGGUAGAAGACAUUAAUUACCACAAACAUAUCGGACAUGCCUAGUUUAGCCUACUUAGAAUGCUCAAAUUUUGAGAAAAAAAGAGUUUCAUAUUAAGGAUACCGGAGGUACAUUUUAAGAGCAAGGGCGGGUCCAGGCUUUAAUGUAUAAGGGUGCAUAACUUGGGGGCACUACUCAGAGUAAUAAACAAUAGCCGGAUCCACAAAUAUUUAUAAGAAUAGAUCCAUAAAGGCUUUAACCUUGGGCAAAGGUGACGGUAAGCGAAACUUCUAACAGCUUGAACACUAAGGCUAGUAUAAUAACACGUCAUGUUAAAUUUGUUUUCUUCAUUAAAAUAAUUUAUUCUUCAUUAAAAUAAUUUGUUCUUCAUUAAAAUAAUUUGUUCUGUGUAGUUUUUUUAAAAUAUACGUGCAAGCCAUCCUGAUUGAUGCUUGAGUCUAUACUUAUAUCGUACGAGUAGUUUGCUGUUUAACGUGACAACUUCUCACAAUUCAAUUUGCAAUUUUGGUGUGGCAUUUCUAAUUUCAAAUAUUCGGAUGAUACUAACUUUCAACUACUAAUAUUAAUCAAACAUAUAUCACUGCAAAAUAAUGCAUUUUUGAAAGUUUGUACUUAACACGUUACCAUAAUGAAAGUUUUAUAAAAUAAAAUGUGUUAGAUAAUAAAUUUAAUAAUUUAUUUGUUCUGACCCCUUUACACUCUUAACUAAAGUAUCGGUAGUUCAUUUCGCAUGCUAACUAAAUUAUACCGGGUCCACAAAAUGUAGAUCGAUUCCUUAAGUAAGCAGCUUAUAGUUCGUUUAGAUUGUUUAUGAAUAUUUUAUUCUGAUAACGUUUCUUGUCCUAAAACAUUCACAGUUUAUAUAAUGCAUGACCGUUGCGUAACGGUAAUAACGAUAUGUUUUAACAUGCUCAUGUUAUGUGUGUACUGAUGAUACACGUUUUACUUCUUGUAACACCCCAAACAACUACAUAUUAUUGUAUUGAUAAAACAACCUAGACCAUAAGAUCAUAUUCAACUUUGAAAUAUAACUUUUAUUAGAAUUAUUUAUAAAAAACGUUCUACUGUCAUUCAAAACACGACACUCAGAAAUGGAAGGAGUACAGAACUGGGGCAAUAAAAAUGUGUAUGUAUA